AUGUGUGACGGUUAUACUGCUUCGGAGAUAUUUGGUAGUUCUCCUAUCGGCUAUACAUACGAUGAUAUCAUCGUGAUGCCAGGAUAUGUAGGAUUCCCCAGCUCAGAGGUUAACAUCAAAACUAAUAUAACCAAAAAAAUUUCCCUCAACACUCCUAUAGUCUCAUCGCCAAUGGAUACUAUAACAGAAGCUAAAAUGGCCAUUGCUAUGGCUUUGGUUGGCGGGCUAGGAUUCAUUCAUAACAAUUCUUCCAUAGAAAAGACUGUGGCUGAAGUAAAGAAGGUGAAACGAUUUAAAAAUGGAUUUAUAACAGACCCAUUUACUCUAAAUCCUGAUAAUACAUUGAAUGAAUUGUUAGAUAUUAAAGAAAAGUAUGGAUAUACAUCCUUUCCAAUCACAGAGGAUGGAGCAAUUGGCUCUAAACUUUUAGGAAUCGUAACUACUGGCGAUUUCUCAUUUGUAGAAGAUAAUACUUUGAAGAUGAAAGAUCUUAUGACAACGGAUUUAAUAGUUGGAACUUCCCCUUUAUCAAUUGAGGAGGCUAAUAAACUUUUAUAUGAGAGUAGGAAGGGUGUAUUGCCAAUAGUUGAUGAUAAUUAUAAUCUGGUGGCAAUGAUUUCUAGAAAAGAUCUACAUAAAAAUUCCGAAUUCCCCUUGAUUACUAAGAAUGAGAAUAAACAGUUGAAAGUUGGAGUUGCCGUUAGCACCAGCCCCGGAGCCAUAGAUCGCGUUAAGAAGCUUAUGGAAGCAAAUCCUGAUAUCAUUUGCAUAGAUUCUAGUCAAGGAAAUACCAUAUAUCAAAUAGAAUUGAUAAAAAAUAUAAAACAGUUAUACCCAGAUGUGGAUAUUUUAGCUGGAAACGUAGUUACUUGUAAACAAGCCAAAAAUUUGCUAGAGGCUGGAGCAGAUUGUUUAAGAGUAGGAAUGGGAUCUGGAUCGAUCUGUAUAACCCAAAAUGUAAUUGGCGUUGGGAGAGGUCAAGGCGCAGCAGUUUAUCAUGUCUCCAAAUAUUGUAAAGAUUUCUGGAACAACACUCCAGUGAUUGCAGAUGGAGGAAUUCGGAAUUCGGGCGAUAUUGCACUGACACUAGGAGCUAAUGCUGUUAUGGGAGGCAACUUAGUUUCUGGGACAAAUGAAACACCUGGAGAAUACUUUUUACAUAAAGGGAUCAGCGUUAAAAAAUAUAGGGGAAUGGGAAGUAUAGAGUCUUUUAAGGCAUCUUUGGAAAAUAAUAAGGAUGCUGGGGGAAUUUCCAGAUAUUAUGAUACUGAAUCAAAAAUUCACAUACCACAGGGAAUUAGCGGAUUUAGUCCAGAUAGAGGCUCUGUUAUAGACCUUAUUAUGCACAUUAGAAAGGGUAUUAAGGCAGGAAUGCACGCAAUUGGAGCAAAAUCUAUAGAAGACAUACAUCACAUGCUUAGUAACGGAGAUUUACGUUUUGAAAUAAGAUCAAAUGCCGCUAUAGAAGAAGGACGUCCACAUUUACAGAUGGAUACUAAACUAUGA